AUAAAGUCUGACUAUUAUUAAAUAAAAUUAGGCCCCCUCCUUCCUUCAAGAACAUCUCCGCCUUUCUCUCUGUUCCAGAUUUCCAGAUUCACGAGAGAAGAGCAAAACGAAAUGGAAAAUGGCUGCAAAGAAGAUGCCGACAAUGGAGCUUCAUCAACUAUGGUGGUCGAUCCGGCCAAGCUUCCAUCCUUGACUUGGCAACGCAAGCUCGAUUUCACCGGAAAAUCUCCAGAGUCGUUCUCUUUCACUCUCAACGACAAGUGGCAUCUGGGUCCCUUGGGCUACCGGUUAUGGCGUCACGGCAAGGAAGAAGCCGCUAAAGGAAGAAUUCCGCUUUAUGAUUUCUUUGCGUCUCCACCAAUCACGUGCUACCAUGGCGUAUCGUUAGGUGGCAUAGGUGCAGGAAGCAUCGGCCGGAGUUACCGAGGAGAGUUUCAACGCUUUCAAAUGUUCUAUGGACCGAGUGAAGAUGUACCAGUUUUAGCCAAUCAAUUCUCUGCAUUUGUUUCACGCCCAAAUGGAAACAAAUUCUCAACUGUAUUAUGCUCUGCCAGACCUCAAAAAUCCAAAGAUGGAAAGAACGACGGCAUAGAAGCAUGGGAUUGGAAUUUGAGUGGAGAAAAAAGUACAUACCACGCUCUGUUUCCCAGGGCUUGGACAAUCUACGAUGGUGAACCCGACCCGGAUCUUAAGAUUGUUUGUCGUCAAAUUUCUCCAAUUAUCCCUCACAAUUACAAGGAGAGUAGUUUCCCCGUCUCCGUAUUUACAUUUAAUCUUUCAAAUAAAGGUCCGACUUCUGCAGAAGUAACUUUGCUGUUUACUUGGGCGAACUCUGUGGGCGGAAACUCUGGAUUUACUGGUCAUCACUUUAACUCAAAGAUAGGUGUCAAAGCUGAAUUUGUGAGCAGCGCAGAAGAUGGAGCUCAUGGAGUCCUUUUACACCACAAAACCGCGAAUGGGCGUCCAACAGUAACGUAUGCUAUAACAGCAGAGGCAACGGAUGAUGUUCACGUCUCAGUCUGUCCUCGCUUCGUAAUAUCUGGUGAUUCCGAGGGCAUUUCAGCAAAAGAUAUGUGGCAAGAAGUUAAGAAGCAUGGGUCAUUUGACGAGCUUGGCAGUAGUGGGCCACAUGAGGGGUCAAAACCAGGGUCAAGUAUCGGAGCAGCCAUAGCAGCUAAAGUGAGCAUUCCUUCUUCAUCUACUCGUACAGUCACCUUCUCGUUAGCAUGGGACUGUCCAGAAGUUAAAUUUGAUGGAAAGACAUACCACAGACGGUAUACUAACUUUUACGGAACGCUCGGAGAAGCAGCUAAGACAAUUGCACGUGAUGCUAUAUUAGAACAUGGAAAAUGGGAAGGCCAGAUAGAAGCAUGGCAAAGGCCAAUAGUAGAAGACAAGAGGCUUCCUGAAUGGUACCCAGUCACUCUCUUCAAUGAGCUAUACUUCCUAAAUUCUGGUGGAACAAUGUGGACAGACGGCUUACCUCCGCUGCAAAAUCUAUCAACCAUAAGUCAUCAAAAGAUUUUCCUCGAAAGGACAAAAUCGGAGCCCAAUGGAGCACCCAACGGCGACCACCGCCUGGACGUCGCCGUUGAGAUUCUCGAGAGAAUGUCUCAGAUCUUCGAUCAAGCCCACGGAGGCGCCGGACCCUCAAACGCUGCACUCGGAACCAGAUUGCUUCCUACUCUACAAGAGAACGUCGGCCAGUUACUCCUCGUCGAAGGAAGCGAAUACCUAAUGUGGAACACUUUCGACGUCCAUUUCUACUCCUCUUUUGCUCUUAUCAUGCUUUUCCCCAAACUCGAACUCGGCAUUCAGAGGGAUUUCGCCGCGGCUGUUUUGAUGCACGAUCCCAGAAAGGCCAAGAUCAUGAGCGACGGAAAGUACUAUCCUCGCAAGGUUAUUGGUGCUGUUCCUCACGAUAUUGGCUUCAACGAUCCUUGGUUUGAAGUAAAUGCUUACAACCUUUUGAACGUCACCAGAUGGAAGGAUUUGGGUUCCAAAUUCGUUCUUCAAGUUUACAGAGACGUGGUUGCUACAGGGGACAAGAAUUUUGCAAAAUCUGUUUGGCCUUCGGUGUAUGUAGCCUUGGCUUUCAUGGAUCAGUUCGAUAAGGAUAAAGAUGGGAUGAUUGAGAAUGAGGGGUUUCCUGAUCAAACUUAUGAUGUUUGGACUGUGAAGGGUGUGAGUGCAUACUGCGGUGGGCUGUGGGUGGCUGCUCUUCAGGCGGCUUCAGCAUUGGCUUAUGAGGUUGAUGAUGAAGCAGCUGCUCACUACUUUUGGAUCAAGUAUCAGAAGGCAAGAGGUGUUUAUGAUACGUUAUGGAAUGGCUCUUACUUCAACUAUGACAAUAGUGGUGGUCCUUGGAGCUCGUCCAUUCAAGCUGAUCAACUGGCAGGACAAUGGUAUGCUAGAGCAUGUGGGCUUUGUCCCAUUGUUGAUGAAGAGAAGAUAAGGAGUACACUUGAAAAGAUAUUCAAUUUCAAUGUCAUGAAGGUGAAGGGAGGAACACGCGGGGCAGUAAACGGGAUGUUUCCAGAUGGAAGGGUUGAUAGAUCCAUAUUGCAGCCAAAGGAGAUUUGGGCUGGAGUUACAUACUCUGUUGCUGCCUCAAUGAUUCAAGAAGGAAUGGUGGAAACAGGCUUCCAGACUGCAAUGGGCAUUCAUCAAGCUGCUUGGGGUCAAGAUGGCCUCGGGUAUUCAUUUCAAACCCCAGAAGCAUGGGACAUAGAUGAUAAGUAUAGAUCUUUGGGGUACAUGAGGCCAUUGGCGAUUUGGGCAAUGCAGUGGGCGAUUUCGAAGCCUACUCUUCUGAAGAAGCACAAAGUUCCAAGAAAAGAGCUUUCUGAGAGUGAAGAAUCAUGCUUAUUUUCCACACAACAUGCUGCUUUCUUGAAAGUUGCAUCUCUCUUGAAGUUGCCUUCUGAGGAAGCUAAACCCAGGAGUGUUGUGGAGGUUGCUUAUGAUUUCAUUUGUAAGAGGUCAGCCUAACUACUCAAUUCAAAUCACUCUAAUUAAAUGGUUUAAGAAAGUCCCUUUAUAUGUGGGUUUUUUUCAAGG